AUGGAUCAUUAUAUAUUAUUAAUAUUUUUCAUUGGAUACUUAACAAUAUCAGGUAUAAUAGGAUUACGGUUAUUAAUGAUAUAUAGUCAUAAAGAAGAAAAAAAACGUUUUAUUUAUUUUUUAAUAAAAUUUUUUAUUAUUAUUGGAUUCAUAUUAGGUUGGACAAUCUUAAUAUUACUACCAGUUGAUGUUUAUUAUAACUUAUCAUCAGAAUUAAAAAAAUAUUUAAAUAUAUUUGUAUUAUAUAGAAUAUUUUACUGGUUAUGUUUAUCAUACAUUUUUCUUUUAACUCCUAUUUUGACAAUUAUUUAUAUAGAAUCAGAUAAAUUAAGUUGCAAUAAUAAUAAAAGCACUAAAGGAAUUAUAAAAUUUAAGGAAAAUAAUGAAAUUAAAAAAAAAUUAAAAAUUUUUUUUAUAAAAGUAUUUCUAUUUUCCCUAUUUUUUUUUGUACUAUCAUUUUGCUUAAUUUUUUUAACUUAUAUACCAUUUAGAAAAUUAAAAUUAAGUUUAGGUGCAGAAGAUUGUAAAUUAUGGUAUUCAUAUAUUAAAGAUAUAUAUAAACAAAAUUUUUUUAAAUAUAAUAUAAGAAAUAUUGAUCAUUGUGAAAACAUAAAAAAAACAAAAAUUAAAAUAAAUAUAGAAUUAAGUUUUAAUGAUUAUAUUACUAUAUUUAUGUCUUUUCUUGGGUAUAUUUUAUUUUCUUUUUAUUGUGGAAUUGGAUUAAUUACAUUUCCUUUGAAUUACGUUAAGUUAUUUAUGCAAAGAAAAAAAAAAAUUAAAGAAGCAGAUUUUAAAAGAGAAUUAUCAUCAAUUAAUAGGAAAGCAAAAGUAUUAAUAUAUACAACUGAAAGAUUACAAAAAGAAAAGGAAGAACUGGAAAAAAUGAACUAUAUGAAGUCAUUUUUUAAAUAUAUGAAACAUAAUAGAGAAAAAAAAAUUCUUAACUAUAUAGUAUAUAAAUUAGAAAAAGAUUAUGAAAAUUUACUAGAAUCUUAUAAUAAUCCAAAUAAAAGAAUAUUAUCUUUUUUUACAUUAUUAUUAGGAAUAAUAUUUUUAAUCCUAAGUAUAUCUAUAAUUAUGCAUAUUAUUUUUUAUAUUUUAUUAAAUUCUCUUAAUACAAAUAAUAAUAUUUUUGAUAACUUAAGAAUUUUGGAUACAUUUUUAGUAUUACUUGUAAAACAUAACUUAAUUAUACUUUCAUUGAUAACCUAUACAGUGAUAAAUUCUUAUUUGCUUAUUUGUGCAUUAUCUGGUUUUAUUUAUUUUUGUUCAAAAUUUAAUUUAGGAUUAAUUUUUGCUUUACAAAAAAAAGAUACAUAUUUAAAUUCUUUACUUUUGAAUAUAUGCCUUUUUUUUUUUGUUGCUUCAGGAGCAGCAGAAUUUUCAACAAAAAUAUUUUAUUUAUACUCAAGUUAUACUUAUGCAAGUUCCUUUUUUAAUCUAACUCUAAAAAAUCUUGGCUUCUUUGGGUUAUUGUAUUCAAAAAAUAUAUUUUUAUAUUUAAUUUUAGUAGUUAAUUUACUCACUUUUAUUCUAUUUUUGCUACCUAAGAAAUGUGAUUUCAUUUCUCGUUCUGUUUCUUAUAAAUAUUUUAAUAUAAAUAAAGAUGCCGAUUUAGAAAGUAAUGUAUCAGUAAAAUUUAAUCAACAAGAUUUCAAAGAUAUUAAAAUUUUUAAAUAA